AUGUCGUCCACGGCAAUCCCAAAGGUCGUUCCGGCCCAACUCUCCUUCUUAGCCAUAUACAGCCCCGCGCUCGGUACGUCGGAUGAGACUUUCCACCAGCAGAUUGUCUUUUACUACUCAAAAGCCGCCAAGGCUCGCUCCAAGCUGAAGGAUGGCGACACGCGUAGGAAGCAGGAACUGCGCGAGGAGGAGAACGAGAAACUGCGUCAGGUUGGGCUAGCCCAGGGCAUGUCGAUUGAUCUCACCCAACUCCCCGCUCCCACCGGCCUCACGCGAACCGACUCGAGCACCGAUACCACCGAGCCCGUCAUUGAGUACUCGGCACGCGAAGUCAGCCCACCUCAACUACUCAUUCAGCAACUCCUGCGCGCCCAAUCGACCUUCCUGCUCCAUCAUGGCUCAACAAUGGAGGCCAUGUUCGCAAAGUAUGGUCGCACAAAGUUCUGCAGUAUACUGGACAAGUACUGGUCCCGCUUCUCUGCCAGCUGGGACGUGCUUCUCCAUGGAAGUCCUGCAGUGGACAUAUAUGGCGGCAUGAAGCUGGCGGCGGGUGGAGAGUUGGGCAUGGGCGUGGGGGAAGAGGAGUGGGGCAGCAGCGAGCGUGAUGUGCUUGAGGACUUUGCCCGGAGAACAACAGGACUUGUUGAUGUCAUGGUAUCGCGCUUCGGCGAAGCCCCACCUCUACAGCAAGCAAAGACUUCCCCAGACCCGAAGACGCUCGAAGUGUCGGAACUGGGACCUUGGAUUGGAGCGGGGAGGAAUGUACAUGCAUCAGACGGAGUCGUCUUUUCAGGGUUGGGGGCAGCUUCGAUGCUACCACUGGGCAUCCCUCCACCGAUCGUCAAGGCUGCUGAAAACUCCCUUGACAAGGCAGCAGCCGCUGUUGAAAACAAGGCCCAGGCAGAUGCACCCGCACCUGAAUCUAAGCCGAUGCUGGCAUCUCUAGGUGACACCGAGACAUGGAUGAAAUACAUGACGCUUGGCUAUGGCACAGCAUGGGGUGGAAGGAAGACGACGGAAACCCCUGAACCUGCGGUUCCAGCUCCAGCUCUAGCACCUUCGCGCGCGCGUGAACGGACACCUUCGCCAGCAGCCAUGCGUUACGUCGAACCAGCGCCUGAUGUAGACCCGACAGAAGAGAAGUUGAAACUACAGAUACGACUAGAGAAUGAUGGCUAUUUUCUGGUAGGGCUCAAGGGUGAUUUGCGAGAAGUGCACGAUGGGGAAGACGAUGAGGGCGACUGGAACAACCGAAUACCACUGCGAACAAUCCAUGUUGAGAUCAACCGCAAAAACUCUUCAGUGGGGUCAACUGAUGUCGACUCAGACGACACACCACAAUACGAGAAGGACAUGAGUGUACAGUCUACAACCACAGGCAAACUAUCCCGGUUACGGCCUGUGGUUUAUGUGGGAAGCGUUUUUGGUCAGACGAGCAAGAGACACAUCACAUUCCAGUACCGCGAGCACUUCAAGCCGUUUUGCGAAUGGUAUGUGGAGUAG